UUGUCUAUGGGCCGACUUUUCUUGUUAAAAGCCCAGGCCCAUAUUUAAAAGCGCGCGCUACCUCCUGCCGUGGCGGGAAUCUGGUGAAUGUCGUUUCUCUCGUCUGAUCCGAAUCAACACGACAACACCAACUGUUCGAUGAAAUGUCUUUCAGAAACUUCGUCCUGAUUCAUUUAACUCACUAGUUUCUCGCAUUCAUCACUGGAUUUGGGCUUACUAAAAGCUUGAAGAUAAUAUGAGUUCUACUGUUUGGUGGGAAGGAGUUGAGAAGACACGAGUCCUCAUUUCCCCUGAUUUAGGAUGUGGAGGAAACAAACCUGGAGAACUAUUAACACUACGCCAUCCAAAAUCAGAAAAUGGAACCUGCUACCUUUUUAAUAACGGCAUGCUUCAAGAGAUUCAAUGGUUUAAGCAAUCAUAUGGUUCUUGGUUCCUGGGAGAUUACAUUUCUCAAGAUGGAAGCUUAUAUAUGGCUACUCCGGUUGAUCCUGUUUUCAUCUUGUUGCCUGUUUUCGACCAAGCAAGAAUGAAGAAAGGUGAUGAUCCUGGAAAGUUCAGGCAACUGGAUGAGAUUUUAUUUGUGGAAGGAUAUCCUGAAUAUCAACAUCUGUUGUCACUUGCAGAGAAGUGUAUGGAGAUCGUUUGUCAAACUCAAGAGGUUGGAUCUAUGAAGUUCUAUCGGCUUGAUAACUCGAAAGUUUUAGCUUGGUUAACUUGUAAGGUGCGCUCUUUAAAGAAGGCUCUACCGGCAUUAGACAAGAACUAUGCAGCUCAAGAUGAGAAACAAACAUUGGUGGAUGCAGUUUCAAUCGUGGGAGAGUACCUGAAGACAGAGCCUUGGUUGAAGCUUCUCUAUGAUUGUCUUGGACUCGAGUUUGUUGACCCAACGACGAAAGAAACCAAUACGGAGACCUUUCCAAAUGCAAUUGAGAAUAAAAUGGAAUACUCAAACUCAUUACAGGAGAAAGCAAACAAGAAGACAGGAAAACAUGGGAAACAGACAAAGCAAGCAAAGGUAGAGACUGGAUCAAAGAACAUAAGGGAUAUGUUCUCAAGGGCUUGUAAGAAAAAGUGCUGACAACAUCCAGCUACUUAUGAUUGUUAUUUUUAGCUUUCAGCUAUUCUCUUUGCUUAGCUAGCAACAUCUUAAACAAAGACCGAGUCACAUUUUAUUUGAAUUAUCAGUUUCUAACUAGUAUUUCUUAUUAGCUGAAAUAUGUAUUACUCUUUGCUACAAGAAUUUGCUUAU